AUGUCCGCCAAUGAUGCGGGCUUCAUAGCUGCCUUGGAAGAAGCCAAAAAAAGUUUCGCAGAAGGUGGCGUACCCAUUGGAGCAUGUCUCGUCGCCGCAGAUGGCAAAAUUCUGGGUAGAGGACAUAACAUGAGAGUGCAGAAAAGCAGUGCAAUUCUGCAUGGCGAAACCUCUGCGCUCGAAAAUGCUGGCAGACUCCCCGCCUCUGCGUAUAGAGGUUCAACAAUGUACACUACCUUGAGCCCCUGUGAUAUGUGCACCGGAGCCUGUAUUCUCUACAAAGUCUCGCGUGUGGUCAUGGGCGAGAACAAUACCUUUGUUGGAGGUGAAGAGCACCUCAAACGCAAGGGCAUUGAAGUCAUCAAUCUCAAGAAUGCAGAGGCAGAGCAACUGAUGAAGGACUUUAUCAAGGCGCAUCCUGAAGACUGGUGGGUGAUUAUGCGAGGCUGA